AUGGCGGGCUGUGUGGAGCGAAGGGUUUGCAGACGGUCCCUGGCUCCCAGAGGUGCCCCCAGCGUCUUCGGUGACAGGUGCCUGAUCGAGGCUCGUGCAGACGUGGGCUGUGACGGCUCUAACAAGGAAACGAGGAGCAGGGCCCGUGGGGCCGUGUUCGUGUUCCCCGUGGAUGCCGGAGCGCCGUCAACGCCUCCAGGCCCCUGGGGGCCCUGUCACCAGGCCCAGCUCCAUGAGAAGAAACAGGCGCAGGAGCUGUACGGGGAUGCGCUGGCCGGGGGGCAGAGCUCGUUCUUGCUGCAGCAGGAGGGGACUGGGGGUGACGUUUUCAGCUGCUCCCUGGGGAACUUACCCCCUGGGGAGGAGGCGGCGCUGACCCUGCAGUACGUCUGUGAGCUGCCACUGGAGCCCGAUGGAGCCGCCCGGUACAUGCUGCCAGCCGUGCUGCACCCCCAUUACACGCCUCAAGGGUGGGACGGGGAGGACGUCACUCAGGGGGUCCCACGAGUCCCUCAGGGGGAGCUGCCCUACACCCUGAGCCUGAGCGCCACACUGCAGUCACCCCACGGCAUCGACCGUGUGCUCUCCAACUGCUCCCUCACCCCCCUGAGCUACCCGGCCGGGAACCGGACCACUGCCCAGGUGUCACUAGCCGAGGCUCCCCCAUGGGGCCGGGACGUGGAGCUGCUGGUGUUUUAUGCGGAGCCGCACAAACCCAGUGCGGUGCUGGAGGCCGGGCUGCCUGGAGUGGAGCCAGGCUCCCUGAUGGGCGACCUGGCCGUGAUGGUGACCCGUCUGCCCAGCCUGCCGAGGCGGGUGCCGGGCCAGAGCUCAGCCGGGGAGUUCUACUUCCUGCUGGAUCGCUUCGGCAGCAUGCAGUGCCCCGUGACGGCCGGACUGCUCGCCUCAGCGCAUCGACAGCGCCAAGGCAGAGCGUGGCAUACAGCCAACAGACCCAUGGCCAGUCCCUGCCAGCGCGUUCCAGCAGCUCCCGAGCUGACCUGUGGGCACCGCGAUUAUCUUGGCGCCGCUACAAGCCAUUUACCGCAGCCAUGCCGGGACGGGCACCGCGCGCCAGGCUGGAGCCUGGCGGAGCAGCUGAUGGGGCUUUGGGGUGUGGGGGCUCGGAGUGAGAAUGGUGAUACUCGCUGCAUGCGGUUGGUGGUGCUAUUCGUGUUCACGGACGGGGAGGUGGAGAACACCGAUGACGUCAUUGCUGAGGUGCAGCGUCACCAGGGGGCCCACAGGUGCUUCUCCUUCGGCAUCGGGGAAGGGGCUUCCACGGCUCUGGUCAAAGGCAUCGCCCGGGCAGCAGGGGGCAGCGCCGAGUUCAUCACAGGCCAGGACCGCAUGCAGCCCAAGGUGCUACAGUCUCUGAAGCGGGCCCUGCAGCCAGCCGUGACUCAGAUCUCGCUGUGCUGGGAUCUGCCCCCCGGGAUGGAGGUGGCACUGCUGGGCCGGGGCCCUGAGGUGAUCUUCCCUGGGAAGCGGUGCCUCAUCUACGCCCAGCUCCGCGGGCAGCCCCAGCCCCCAGACACUGCCGUAGGGGGUGUCACCCUGCAGUACCGCAUCCAGGACCAGACCUACAAGGAGACACUGCAGUUCCCCCUGCAGCCACAGGAUGGAGACAGGCUGCCUAUUCACCGGCUGGCAGCCAAGUCGCUGCUGCUGGAGCUGGAGGGGGCUGUGGACACCAGGUCGGAGGGGGACCGGCGCCGGGCGCUGGAGACCAGCCUGAGCUCGGGGGUCAUCUGCUCCCUCACGGCCUAUGUGGGGAUGGACACAGAGUGGACGCAGCCGGUGCAGGGGCCGCUGGUGAGACGGGACAUCCCUCUCCCAGGGUUCGAUUUGAUGUCAGGCCAUUUGCAGUACAAUGCACCGUACACCUUCCCGGCAGUCAUUCGCCUGGACAGAGGCAACCAAGGCCCCAGCAGAAUGGUGGUUGUGGAGCAUUCGAACCGAUGCUACAAGCAGCACCCCCCUCCGAAGUGUCUGUCCUGGCUCUAUCGCCUCUCAGAGCUCAUCUGGGGGAGCUCCCGACGUGAGGGCAGCAAGUCCUGCAAACAUGGCACCCCUCCAGAGACUGCGCCCCAGGAAGAGGGGGCACCGGAAGAGUCUCCCCUGCUGAGGCUGGUGUCUCUGCAGAAUGCUGAUGGCUCGUGGGACCUGGACUCCCGGCUGGCUGCCUCACUGGGAGUGAGCGAGACCGACGCCAGGGGGAGGAUGCCCAGUAAGGAUGUGCCCCCCAGUGUCUGGGCCACGGUGCUGGCUGUGGUCUGGCUGCACGGCCGGGCCGCGGGGCAGCGCGACGAGUGGGAGCUGCUGGAGGCCAAGGCUGUGGGCUGGGUGCGGGACCAAGCAGGGGCCCGGCUGAGUGAAUGCCUGGAAGCUGCCAACACCCUGCUGGGAUGCACUGUUGGCCCUGCCAUCUUCAGGCUCUGAGCCCCCCUGCAGGAUCCCCAUU